AUGUUACUCUCCAAGGCAAUUGCUCUUAUGGGCAUUGCUGCUCUGUCAACAUCUGCAUUGGAAAGCAACAUCGGCUCAACCCUCUCGACAAAAUUCAUCGAUCGCUCUCCCGACUCUGCAACAACUUACUCGACAAGUUGGCGUGUCAAGCAUGCUCCUACUACAAUGGGUCCUGACGAAAACGGUGAUGGCUGGACUGUCGUCUCAGAAUCGGAGCCUACCUCGACAGACGAGGGCGGCUGGGAAAUUGUCUCCGAAUCAGAGACCACCCCGACAGAGACCCACGAAACGACCACAGUCAACGGCACCAACUCCCAAGCCACCUAUGUCCGUCCAAACAACGCUAUGGUUGCUCAUAGAAUGGCUAUCAUUGCUGGUGUGGAGUGGGGUAGAUUACCUACUAAGCCAGACAACGAAACCGAGGCCCCAUUCUCACGAUGUAUUCCUUCCCAGGCUUGUGUCAAUAACACCACUGUCGAUAAUGGUACAGAGCAUAUCCGAUACGACAACUCGACCGUCAACUGUACUGCCUUGAUGGUCGGCGACAGAUGGCAACGAUGGGAGUGUAACCGAGCAUGCAGAACCGCACUCGAAGCCGCAGUACCAGCAACAAUCCUAUCAGUCGUCGGCUCGGACCUGGCCAACUCGGAAGGAGUCCAGCGGGCCAUCAGAGCCACCCGGGAGCUGCUGAGUCGACGUGUCAGUCUACUGCGUCUGGCAAGAUUCUUCGGGUUCUUGCGGCGAGAUCGAGAAUUUCUUGGUGAGAUCUUUGAAGAACAGCCACCCCUUAUGGAAAAUUAUAUCGCCGACCUAGGAUUGCAUCUUCAAGGCGAGACCGAGAGAAUGGCUCUCGAUCUGCGUCUUGGCUAUGCGGCUGAGGAUCGUCUCGUAGACACCAUCCAUGACAUCUUUGUUCGACUCGACAUCACGUUCCGUGAGGAAAGCGAACUCGACGAAAACGGUCGGAUACGACUCCUGGUGCCUGAGCGUUUUGAUACAUUGGAAGAGUACGAAGACUACAUACUAGACCGUUUGUACAGACGAGAAUGGGUAAGACAAGAAUUGGACAGGAUCACAGAACCAGACCCGAUUCUCGAAGAGAUAUUCCGACAACAACCUGACCUUCCCGAAGACCUGGCGCAGCAAUUGCACCAUAGAAUUGCAAUUCCGCCGUAUAGUCCUGAGGAUCCAUAUCCGCCGCCUCCAGAAUACGAAGACCCACCUGAUUAUGAGUCCAGAGAAUACAGUGCCGAACAGGAUCUAUACGACUCGGUAGCCUGGCUUGCAGAGACUCCUCCAACCAACUGGGAAAUCGAAAGGCUUGGAAGGUACAACUCGUGGCCGACUCCUGUGCCUGUACCCAACCCGACGAUUCCUGUCACACUUUCGAUUCAACCUACCAUCAUGCCGACAGAGAUUCCCAUCCCACCACCAAACACACCCGAAUCCAGCGAGAUCGACCUCGCCCUCGACGGCUCUCUUACCAUCAGUGGCAGCGGUGCCUGGGCUAUUGCCGCCGACAUCUCCCUCACCCUAGUGGGACGCCUCACCACCUGCACACCUCUAGACUCCUGGGUCUUCAUCCCCCGCAGCGGCUCCUUCGAGGCUCACGCCACACUGGCCGCGUGGAAUGGUAUCGGCAUAGCAGACUGUUUCGCCAGAGAAAUCUCCGGACUUGGUGGCCCAUCCGUCGAAAAUGUCGUUACCCAAGGCUUCAAAGAGUACGAGCUGCAGGUUGAAUUGGAGAUCAAUCCCAAUAAGGCGCCUGUUGAGGAUCCUAGCACAGGGCCACCCAACGAGGAAGGACCACCCAGUGAGGAAGGGGCACCAAAGAAAGACAAGAAGCCCAAGAAAGACAAGAAGCCCAAAGAACAAAAGAAACUCAAGAAGUGUAAAUGGUGGCAGAUAGUUCUUCGUCUUGAUCUAUGGGGUGUCUGCUGUUUAUAA